CCACGCUCAGGGGCGUCACGUGUCUAUCCCCCUUUAGAGCGAGUUGGACUGGGCUCUGGGAUUGUAGCUCCCCCAUACAAACACAGACACGGUGCCUUGUUUUGGUUUUCCACUGGAUUUACGAACUGUUUGGAGGUUGGCUAAAGUCGGACAGACUGAAUCGGAUCCAGACAGAUUGGAACUUUCUGAGGAUCAAUGUGAAGAUGAAACAUCGGAUGCACAUUUUUGCCCGUGUGUGCUUUUGGUAGGUUACACUUUAGCAGUCGCAGUUACAUCCAACGGCGCUGAGGAAAGCUCCUCGCUAGGCUAAAUGGGGUCGUACGCUGACUGUGCUUGUUUUGAUAGUGCAUUCGGAACUCCGGACUGAAGUGAGUUAUUUUCACCCCAUCCCUGGAAACGUUUCAUAUUUUAUGGUAAAUCCGGAUACCAAACAUGGAUGGCGUGGAUGGAGACUCGGAACUGCACUUCAUAAUUUUUGCCAAGGUUGAAAAUUUAACAUGCGGCUAAAGGCUCCCAUCAACUUUAACGCUGUACCGAGAGUAUUGAAUAAGUCCGGUAGCUAGCAUUGCUUUGGCACGGGGCUGUUAGCUAGACAGCUAGCUAGCUAAUUUAAGCGUUUGCCUUGGUAAAAUUAGCCCACAAGUGUAAGCAGGGUUAAAUCGUUUACAAUUUCAUCAAUGGGGAAAGUAAAGUGAGUCCCAGCGGUACUCUGCUCUGUAUUCGGUACGAGUAAUAAUAGCCCAACUUUUUUGAUAUCGUCCAACUGUAUAAUUGCCCAAAAUGGCUAGUCCAACCUCAGAGCAGGGUUGUUUUUCGGACGUAAGAAAGGUGGGAUAUUUAAGGAAGCCUAAAAGCAUGCACAAGAGGUUUUUUGUCCUGCGCGUCGGGAGUGCAGCGGGACCUUCCCGAUUGGAGUAUUACGAGAACGAGAAGAAAUGGAGGCACAAGUCCGGAGCACCCAAGCGCUCUAUCCCGCUGGAGAGUUGCUUCAACAUCAACAAGCGAGCCGAUUCCAAAAACAAAUUUCUGGUCGCCCUGUACACUAAAGAUGAGUACUUUGCCAUCGCUGCCGACAGCGAGACCGAGCAAGACGCAUGGUACCAGGCGUUGGUGGACCUGCACAACAGAGGUAAAGUCCACGACACCGCCGCGGGCAACGGAAUAGGAGAGGAUAAUUACAGCGAGGCUUCGCCGGGACCUGCCUUCAAAGAGGUCUGGCAGGUUAUUUUGAAACCAAAGGGCCUGGGACAGACCAAGAACCUCAUUGGGAUUUACAGACUGUGCCUGACGAACAAAACCAUCAGCUUCGUGAAGCUGAACUCCGACGCUGCCGCCGUGGUCCUGCAGCUGAUGAACAUCCGCCGAUGCGGCCACUCGGAGAACUUUUUUUUCAUCGAGGUGGGGCGCUCCGCGGUGACGGGGCCCGGCGAGUUCUGGAUGCAGGUGGACGACUCGGUGGUUGCCCAGAACAUGCACGAGACCAUCCUGGAGGCCAUGAAAGCUAUGAGCGAGGAGUUCCGUCCGCGCAGCAAGAGCCAGUCGUCCUCCUCGCACUGCUCCAACCCCAUCUCUGUGCCCGUGCGCCGGCAUCACCAUAACAACCCUCCGCCCAGCCAAGUGGGCCUGGGCCGCCGCUCCAGAGCUGAGAGCGUGACGGCCACAUCCCCAGCCGGCGCCGGGAAGCACAGCCACUCAUUCCGCGUCCGCGCAUCCAGCGAUGGCGAGGGCAGCAUGUCGAGACCGGCCUCCGUGGACGGCGGUAGCCCCAGCAGCCCCUGCAUCGGCAGCUCUCGCACCCAGUCCUACAGGCAGCGCGCCGGGGGCUCCGCGCGCCUACACCCGCCCCUCAACCACAGCCGCUCCAUCCCCAUGGCCGGUAGCUCCCGCUGCUCCCCGUCUGCGGUGAGCCCCGUCAGCCUCUCUUCCAGCAGCACCAGCGGCCACGGCUCCACCUCCGACGGCCUGUUCCCGCGCCGCUCCAGCGCCUCCAUCUCCGGAUCCCCCAGCGACGGAGGCUUCGUCUCCUCGGACGAGUACGGCUCCAGCCCCGGAGACUUCCGCGGCGGGGCGUUCCGGAGCGCCACGCCCGACUCCCUGGGUCAUACACCACCGGCCCGAGAUGAAGCGCCCCUAGUGUCGGACUACAUCUCCAUGACCCAGACGCCGCGCACGCCCAGGGCCGGCAGCGAGGAUCCCUCCGAGCCGGAGAAGAGCUUCCGCAAGCGGACCCACUCCUCGGGCACGGCCUCCCCUCCCGUCACCUGCCACCACCAGAAGACGCCCUCGCAGUCCUCGGCCGCCUCGCUGGAGGAGUACGCCGUCAUGCUGCCCGCCGCCGCCUACCCCUUACCCCCCUCUUCCUCCUCCAACGGCCACCGCUCCACUACGCCCAUCUCCAACCCACCCACGCCCUCUCCAUCCUCCUCCUCGAUGUCGUCCGUCACCUACCGGCACUCCUCCUUCGUGACCCCGCACUCGUACCCGGAGGAAGGCCUAGAGUCUGCGAUGCCCUCAGGAGUGGACGCCCCGGCGUCGCAGAAGGACGACGGGUACAUGCCGAUGUCGCCAGGCGUGGCCCCUUCCUCCAUCAUGUCCCAGCUGACUGCGGCGGCGGCCUCCUCGUCUCCGGCAGCCUCGCCCGUGAUGGGCGGUGGCGGUAGCGUGGUGGUGUCGGCGGGUGACUACAUGCCCAUGAGCCCCAAGAGUGUGUCGGCGCCCCAGCAGAUCGUCAACGCCUCCCCGAGACGCCGCCUCACCCUCCACGACGCCAUGAACGGAGAGGUGGACGCCAGCGGCUAUAUGAUGAUGUGGCCGAGCAGCAGCUGCUCGCCCGACGGACCCUCAGCGGGAUCCGCAAGGAUGUUGAACGGUGUCGCCGGCGCCGGCGGCAUUCCACCAGCCAGCCAGCGGGUCACAGCCCCCGUCCCGGCGCCGCUGCCCCCAGCUUCCUCGUCCUCCGGCGGGGACUACAUGAACAUGUCCCCCGCCAGCGGCUCCGCCACCAGCACCCCGCCCGACUGCUACUUCAGCACGGGCGCCGGGGGCUACUUCUCCCUGCCGCGCUCCUUCAAGCACGCGCACCGCAAGCAGCAUCAGUCGGCCAUGGAUCACAACCAUCACCACCACCACCAGAACACCUCUUCAUCCUCCUCUUCCUCAUCACCGCGGCUCUCGUUAGGGGCCGGGCGCAGCAUCCGGACGUACGCGGACUCCUCGUCCUCCUCGGCCAGCAGCGACAGUCUUGGAGGAGGGGGCAGCGGAAGUCAGCAGGCUACGCACGCGCAGCCACCCCUGGGCCGCUCCAAGCGCCUGUCGGAAAUGGAGGAGGGUGUAGGAGGUGGUCGGCUGGCGAGGCCCACCCGUCUGCCUCUCGAGGGGGGUCGGGCGAGCACGCUGCCCCGCUCUCGGCAACCCCUGCCCUGCCAGCCGGAGCCCCGGAGCCCGGGAGAAUACGUCAACAUCCAGUUCAACGACCAGUCCUUCUCCUCCAGCCUGGCGUCGCUCUUCCCCGCCCCGGAGAGGUCGAGAGAGCUCUUCACUUCCUCCUCGUCCUCUGAUAGGCUGGCCGAGCUCUUCCAGGCCUGCGAUAGGCCGGUGGAGCUCGCCACCCCGCCCCCGGCCCUCCCCACCGACUACAUGAGCAUGCAGUUGGGCUCCUCCUCCUCAAACGGGCUGUCGCCGUCCGUCGCCCGGGUGACGAACUCUGACCUGUCUCGUGACCUUUCUGACUAUGCAUUGGUGACCCCUGGUCAGGUCCCACCUGCCCCCCCCAGCGCCCCUGCCCCGACCGCCUCCGCGUUGCCCCGGGACGGCAUGUGCCAGCGGGACUACCUGAGCAUGCAGGUGUUCCCUGGUGCCACCUCGCGGCUGCUGCUGCACAACCCGCCCUCCCCGACAUCAGCCCGCAACAUCACCUCCACCACCAUCACCACGGCCACCACCUCCACCUCCUCCAUCUCCAUCUCCACCCAUUCCAUCUCAUUCAACGGCGGAGACCUGCCCUCCGCCUCCGGCGGGGUGGGAGGCCCUCUGCCCCACGGCCCCCUCUCCAGCCUCAGUGCCUUCACGCGGGUGGUGUCCUCGCCGGUCGCCCCUAUCGUCACCAGCCGCGGCGGCGGCGCCAGCGGCGGCGGCAACCCAGGUGUCGGGCUGGUCACCAAGGUGAUCCGUGCCGACCCCCAAGGACGCCGGCGACACAGCUCCGAGACCUUCUCCUCCACGGCCACCAAGAGCCCCGUGGGGACGGCCAACGUGGCCCCCUCCCCGGCCGCCGAGGAGGUCAAGCGCCACAGCUCGGCCUCCUUCGAGAACGUCUGGCUGAAGCCCGGCAAUGAACUCGCCUCCCUGGCAACCGCGUCAGCAUCAUCCUCGUCGUCUACCGCCGCCUCCUCCAUCGUCGCGGGCUCGGGUUCGAGCAGGAGAUCCGGAGCAGUCGAGACCAGCUCGAGUCCGCUGGCCGCCCUGCUGAGCCGGAACCAGAACGGCCUGAACUACAUCGAUCUGGACCUGGCCCAGGGCCCGAGGGAGCAGCUGCUGCCCGGACCGGCUGAUUGGUCGAGCCCCUUCGCCCUCGCCAAGGCAUCAGCGGCGGCGAUGGCAGCAGGAGGAGACGCCGGAGCAGUGGGGGUGGGAGGAACGUCAGAGGAGCUGAGUGCCUACGCCAGCAUCAACUUCAGCUCACCACAAGAGAACAGAGAAGAGUGAAACGCUGGACUUGAUGGUUCUUUGUGUCCCUCAAAGAUCCCCGCGAAGAACUGGACCUCUGGAAAACCACACAUGUAACCGACCUCACUUAAAAAAAAAAAAACCUGGACCACAGCAGGAAACGAGACCGCACACAUCCAACUCACCAACAACUCACCCACCCAGCCAUGGACCUUACACACAUACACACAUACACACAUACACACACACUCUCACUCACUCACACACACACUCACACGGGAAAACUCAGUUUCUUACCUCACAAUACCUCAAUGCCAUAGAACCGGACUUCAGACCAGUUUUACCUCAUCCAAAACUGGACCACCUCCUAUCAUCAAACCCGCCUCAGAUAAACAGUGCAGCGCUGAUCAACAGCACCAAAAACCAACCUGGACUUUGCAAUAACCUCUGGACCUCCACCACCCCCGCCGCCCCUGGACCUCAUGCAGUUGGAGGGUAACAAUUGACUUGACGCCGGCAUCAUGCGUUUGACAGGUGGGGUUGCAGGUAUGACAUCACGUUGGGGGAACUCCCCCAGGAUUCUAAGGUUCUACAUAGACUCCUAUGAACCCCCAACGUGAUGUCAUAAUAGUACAUAUUCUUAAAAUGGUUAACAUGCAACCCCACCUUUAACAGUGUCAUAAGGCAGUCAUGCAUGUGCCAUAAGCAUCAUGUCAAUGUCAUCAACAUGUUAUGGCUUUGUCAUUAAGUGAAAUUCAGUUAUGGUAAAGUCGGCCCUAACUACGUCAACUUUUCAUGACCAUAAAACGUUCAUGACAUUGACUGACAUCAUGUUAAUGACUCUUCCAUGCCUAUGUCAUCAUGACACUGUUGUGACACUAUUACGACACUCGUUAUGUCAUAUAUAUGACGCCGGCGUCAAGUAAAGUGUAACCGAAUGGAGAUGCCUCCUGAACUCUCAGCCUACCUGAACUAGAACUGAACUGAGCUGAACAGAACAUGCCGUUUUGUGUGUCGCGUUCACGCACAUUAUUCACACAGCAAGCACAAACAUAUGCUAUAGGUACAUCAUGUGCACACACACGCACACGCAUUACUGGUACAUUGUAUGCAAACUCGCACACUCACAUACCGUUGGUACAUUACAGAUAGACGCACGUGCAAACGCACAUGCUCUUGGUGCAAUCCACACGCUCGCGUGUGGUCGAUGUCUCGUCGGACGCGCACAGGUACAAUACUCACAGACACUCGCGUAGACAUUGCAGUCCAAAAAGGGGGUGUAGACCAAUGCUCACCCUCGGGUACAUAUUGCACACUUCCACAUGCUGAGGUACUCUACUCACCAUGCAACACAUUCGGUACGCACACACACACAUGCACCUGCUAACACUUUUGGUACGUGCAGAUACGCACAUAUGCGCUUGGAUACACAUUUGGUACACGCAGACAGACUCACACACGCACAGUUACACAUUUGGUACACACCGAAACAAAUGCAUGUAGUUACACCUUUGGUACGCACACAAAUGCAUCUGAAUACACAUUUGGUACAUACAAGCACACUUGUGCAUCUUGUUACACAUUUGGUACAUACAGGUUCACUCGUGCAUCUGGAUACACAUUUGUUUGCAUACAGAUAUGGACAAAACUAACAUACGCUCACACUCCCACACUCUCACAAUCUCCAGUCACUGUGAUGAAUUUCUUGACAAAUCUCAUUCACGCUGGCAACAAAAAAAUAUAAACCUACAACACUGUUUUUCCCGCCAGUGGUAGCUUACGAUAGAUGGACCUCUUCUGUACCUCUUCAGCCUUCAAACAGCAGAAAGCCAUCAGGACAGACUCUUCUGCUGCACAUCUCUCUCUCUCUCUCUCUCUCUCUCUCUCUCUCUCUCUCUCUCUCUCUCUAUCUGUCACACUCACUCUCUCACUAUCCCUCCCUUCAGUUUAGGGAAUGACAUAUAUAUCCAUAUCUUGAUUUUAUAUUCAGCCAUUGGUUGUAGUUAUUAUUCUUUUCAUUUUGUCUCGUUGGGUUUAUGAAAUCAUCAAAUGUGUUUUUUCUUUUUCUGUUUGUUUUUGUUGGUUUGUUUUUUAGGCUUUUUUCCCAAUUUGGCUUCCAAGCCUCUGCAUGCCUCUGUGGCAGAUGUGUCGUGAGCAAUAUUAUCAUACCUGUCCAGGGGUCCGUUUCUCGAUUCCUGUCGUUACUAACCGUCUUAAGACCGUCUUAAGACCGUCUUACCGUUCCCUUGGAUUUAGUGGUGAGCGUCGCUGUCAAGAGAGAUUUGAGUUGCUCUUACGAAGGACGUUGCUACCGUCGUUAGCAAAGACACUUUCGAGAUACAGACCCCAGUUCAGGGGUGCGUUUCUCUGAAGUGUGGUUGGCUGUUAGCCCGUUAGCAACUUGGGUAGUUGCCGAUGGGAAAUUGCAUUGCAAACAACGAAGUAGCUAAUGUAGUUAGCAACUAUGGUUUCGAGGAAUGCGCCCCUGGUAACAUAACAUAUCAAAGAGGAGUGCCUUACCUGAUAGACUGGGGAGUGCCCACAGCAAAUGGAGCAGCUUUUCUUUUCCAUGUCUAAAACAGCAGUCCUCUUUUGCCAGUCGGAGCCCAUGCCCAGUUCAUUGAGGUAGUUCAUGGGGGCAGUUUGCUUCAUUAAUUCAUGUGAUUCAUUAAUUACAAUUAACAUAUUGUAAUUAAUUAAUUCUAGUAAUGCACUGGGCCAAGAGAGGCUGAGAGAGACUUAAUUUACACACGUUAAAACACCACCAGUUGGCAGUCCAUGUUACCUGCCAUGCAAGGCGCCAUGCGAUUGGCCUGCAGACACUGAGGGCGAAGGGCUACAGUUCAUCUGAGAACAGCAGUAUUUAAGUCUGUAUCAUUUCAGGAGGCUAUGAAUGGCUUUUCAGCAAUGUCAGCAGGCUAUGCCCCCCAUCUCGAAAUGCCCACAUUGUGACCAAAAGCUGCAUAUAUUCUCGAGUCACUGAUUCAUAGAUGGGUACAUGGAUGCAUAAAUACUACAUCGGUACAGUUGUUGAACUGAGUGUGAGAUUCUCAUUGAACUCACACAGGCAUUUCAGUGACCUUCAUAACCCUUGUCACUUCCCAAUUGAGAGGUUCACUGAACUCAAGUGGCCCUCAAAGAUAACUUGGCCAGUUUGGCGGCAGCUCUUGCUGCCCAGUCAUAUCCGCCAGCACAACGUUGUUCUAGCGACGCACCGCAGCGCUUUUAUAGCGUAAGGCAGAGGUGUUGGUAGUUUCAAAGCGUCUGGCCUUGGCUCCAUUUGACCUGGUACGAUACCCACAGGUGUGCAAUACGAGUUGAUGCCAAACUGAGGGCCGUGGGAGAGCAUGCCAGCUGUGCCCGUCCGGCACUGCUGUGAAGGCUUGGAAGCCAGUCAGAGAGCUGCAGGUUUUUUAUUUCUAUUAUUUUUAUUAUUUUUUUCUAAGUGACAAAACAUUGCAAGUGACCAAUGGUGGCCACUUGCAUCUAUAUAUGAUGAUAAUAAUAAUAAUAAUGAUAUUAAUAAUAAGUUGUUUUAAAAAGUCACACUUGCUGCUGAAAACAUUGACAAAACAAUCUGUAAAUUAUUAAAUAUAGGCAUGUGGUUCAUUUUUAUUUUACAAGUUUUUUUUUCAAGUAUUUAAAGUUUUUUGGGGUUUUACAUGUUUUUCAGUUUUAUUUUUGUGUCUACAAUACAAGGGGGUUUAUUGCGUGUAGAGAGUUGAGAUAUAUGAAAUGUGUUUCUGAGAAUGACUGACAACUUCUGCUUUUCUUGUCGUCCUAAUGUCUGCAUUGCCAGCCUUCCAUAGAUAGCGGUACUCCAUUUUCUCAUCAGGCUCACGGGCACUUUUUUGAUUCCUUUUGUUUUGUUUUUAUUUUAUUUUUCCCCGACGAGGUGAUCUCUUCACAGUACCGCAAAGCACUCUGGGUAUUGACCCUGUACACCCUAACCCUCCUCUUCCCAACUCACUCGUAUGAUUGGGUGAGCAGCAGGGGUUUGUUUCUGAGAAAGCCGCCAGGUCUCUUGGCUUUUUUCUUCUAUUUCUCUGAAACCCUAUAGGCCAACAGGGCGUGUCGGCUGUAAUCUGAUAGGCUCAUAGGCUACAGGUGUUUGUCCCGGCAAUCCCAUAGGCUGUGCUCGUGUUACAAAGUAACGGGAUACCAUAGGUCCUGGGGUUUCUCUCUUUAAGAAUAAUAUUUUUUUGAAAAAAAAGAAAAACACACUCAAAGCCAAACACCACACUACUUAACCAACCAUGUCUUCCACUGUAUAUAAUGUAAUGUAAAAAAAGCAAAGUCAAAAUUGAGAUAAAAGAUGGAUGGUUUUUUUGACUGUGGGUAUGUGUAUGGAUGUAUGUGUAUGCGAUUUAAAUGAAUGUUUAAAGCACAUUGCUGGAUGGGUGAAUGUAUGAAUGUAUGUGUGUAUAGUAUGAACGGCUGAUGCAUGGAGUGAGAUAAAUAAAGGAAAAUGUUCCUAAGAUGAAAUGAACAAAGUUGUAAGAAGAAUGAUGCAUAAACCGCAAAAGAUGCACCAGCAGAGGAGAAAAAAUACACCCCCUUAGUCUCUUGCUCUCUCUCUCUCUCUCUCUCUCUCUUUCUCUAUUCCUCUUGCUCUCUCUCUCUCUCUCCUCUCUCACUCUUCUGGAAACCCCCAAUCUGUAAUAAAGUAGAAAUGUUUAUCUUUCCUCCCA